GAAGUAGUUUCAGCAAGUACUUCCGAUCACUCCCAGCCUUCGGGCCGGACAAGGGGAGGCGAGAGUCCGGGCGUACGCCCCUCACCGGGCAGCGGCGACCUUUGCGCCGCCCGCCCCGCGCGGACGCCCAGCCUGUGCCGGAAUGGACAGAGAGACGCGCGUCUACGCCGAAAAUCAUUUCCGAGGCCUGCAGGGGCGGCCCCCAGGCGGCGCCUGCCCGCCCCCAGGCUGCGUGGACUUCAUCGAGAAUCCGGACUCGUUUUCCUACGCCGACUUCUUCAAGGGCUACCUGCUUCCCAACAUGCCGUGCGUCUUCUCCAGCUCCUUCACCGCCGGCUGGGGCAGCCGCAGGCACUGGGUGACGUCCAGCGGGAAGCCCAACUUCGAGCACCUGCUUCGGAAGUACGGAGACGUCGUCGUGCCUGUUGCCAACUGCGGGGUCCAGGAGUACAAUUCGAACCCCAAAGAACACAUGCCGCUCAGAGACUACAUCAGCUACUGGCAAGAGUACAUCCAGGGUGGCUAUUUCUCUCCUCGGGGCUGCCUCUAUCUCAAAGACUGGCACCUGUGCAGGGACUCAUCGGCAGAGGACGUCUUCACCUUGCCUGUGUACUUCUCAUCCGACUGGCUGAAUGAGUACUGGGACUCUCUGGAUGUGGACGACUACCGCUUCGUCUACAUGGGGCCCACUGGCACCUGGUCACCGUUUCACGCCGACAUCUUCCGCUCCUUCAGCUGGUCUGUCAACAUUUGUGGGAGGAAAAAGUGGUUCUUCUUUCCUCCAGGGCAGGAAGAAGCCCUGCGGGAUUGCCAUGGUGGCCUGCCCUACGAUGUGACCUCCCCUGCACUCCUUGACCGCCGUCUGUACCCCACUCGUGAGCACUGCAGCCCCCCGCUGGAGGUCACGCAGGAGGCGGGCGAGAUGGUGUUUGUGCCCAGUGGCUGGCACCACCAAGUCCACAACCUGGAGGAUACCAUCUCCAUCAACCACAACUGGGUCAAUGGCUGUAACCUGGCCAACAUGUGGCACUUCCUGCAGCAAGAGCUCUGUGCCGUGCAGCAGGAGGUCAGUGAGUGGAGGGACACCAUGCCUGACUGGCACCAUCAUUGCCAGGUCAUCAUGAGGGCUUGCUCUGGGAUCAAUUUUGAAGAAUUUUACCGCUUCCUCAAGAUCAUCGCUGAGAGGAGGCUUCUCCUGCUGGCGAAGGGGAUGGGCCCUGAUGAAGUGGAGGGUGAGGGUGGCGAGGGCACCGUGCUGGGCCCCCAGCAGGCUGCUUUCGACAUCGGCCGGAUUGCCGAGGUGCUGGCGUCCGUGGUGGCCCACCCAGACUUCCAGAAAGUGGACACUAGCAUGUUCUCGCCGCAGCCUGAGGAGCUUCUGAGGCAGCUAGAGGAGGUCGUGGUCACCACCACGACUCUUUAAUGCAUGCUGCGUGGAUCAGGUACCCCAUGACGUGACAGGAUUGUGGGGCACCAGCAUGGAGGGUAGGUGGUCUCCUCUGGUGCGCCUUCCGGAAAUAAAGCUCCACGCUUCUGUGUAGCCUGGGACACAUCACCUCCCACUGAGCCUUGUGGCCUCCAGUGUCCCAGGCAUGGCUCCUGCUCUUAAGGGCGUGAUAGCGUCCUGGCUGUCCUCUGGCCUCCCUGGGGCCCUGGUGCCUGUGCAGAGGGUCCAGGCUCCUGGUCCUGAGGUUCGGCCAGGGCUGAGUAUUCUGGAUCCAGUGAGGUGCUGGGUGGGAGGUGUUGAUAAGUGAGAUGUGCAGCAAUAAGGCUGGAGUGUGCUGGGGACUCAGGUGGGGGCAGAAGGUGGCUGGGAUUCUCAGUGCCCCCGGCCUUUUAGCAAAGACCAGCCUGCAAGCCCACAGGCCUCCCGUCCACAGCAGCGUGAGGCAGCCGGUGUGUCUGGCAGGGUACCCUCUGCAGCAGGACCACUGUGUGAAUGUGCAUCUUCCCCUGGAGCAAGCCCCUUCUUGUUGGCGGGGACUGGGGCCCAGGGCAGCCCCCAGGCCAGGGCUUCUGUCUCUGUCCCACACUAGAGCCAUUGUUUACACAGAACCUGCCUUCCCUCUGCGGGCCUGUGCCCUGUCCUUGGCCUCACGCAUGCCCCCAGGAAUCACUGUGGUGCAGCACUCGGGCACCACUCAGGGUCUGUGGGUCUGCUGGGUUUUGUUUCUCUCCUGCUUGAGACAGCCCUGCCUUUUCCCAUCAGGGGUAGACCUGGAGCCCAGCGAGGGCUACAUGUUUUCAUCUACUCAGACUCUACCUCUUUUGUAACUUCCAUCAGAUGCCACCUCCUGAGUGAACCUCUCUCCUUCCCAAUCAGAAGUGUCCCUUCAGUAUUUCCCUGGCACUUUGCUAACUCCACAUGGCAUGUAUCUAUAUUUAUUACUGAUCUCCUCUAGCUGAUUAUAAGCUCCUAAGAGUCAGGAGCUUGUGUUAACCAUCUUGAACCCCCACAGUAACUUUGUAGAAUCUUGUACCUACCAGAUGCUGAAAGGUGUGUAAAGAAUUGAAUGGAGCUGAGGACCAGCAAAACUAGAUGUUUCUACUGGCCAUUUUGGCAGCUCUCUGAUGGUACUUAGCAGUGCCCCUUAGUAUAAGCACACUCUCUCUGCACAUGAAACAAUAGGCCAUGAACCUAAAGAUGUUUUUUUCUACCUUUCUUGUAUUAUGAGUCCCACUUUGAUUCUGGAGCAACUCUACGUGUAUGUGUGUACCAUCAAAAAUAUCUAUGCCCCACCAGCCAGGAGGUGUAUAGGCAGAGAUGGCACUGGUAAAGUUAAUACGAAAUCAGUGGAAAUUUUCUGUAUUAGCAUUUUGCAGGUUUGGGACUCUCCUACUUAGGUAACUAUGGAUAAGUACUUCCCAUGGUCUCCAGGGCCCCUGUGACCCUCUUCCACCCUUCACUCAUGUUUGUCAUCCUAAGCCACCAAACAAGCAGUAUGUGGUUCAGAGCACAUCUGCCCCGUCGAGCCUCCAAACCUUGCACGGCACCUCUGCCAGGCAAAAAAAGUUCAUCGUUGCACCCUGUGGUCUAUUUGAACUGCAUGCUCCCCUGUGCCAUUCAGUUUUCACACCUGUGUGCCACUUAACAGGGUGGUAGGGUUCUCCAGAGAAAUGGAACCCACAGGAUCUACCUAGAGCGAGAGAUGGUGAGUGAGAUGUGUUGACACUGUACCCUUUGGUCCAAAGCCUGGAAACUCAGGAGGGUGUGUGUAGCAGCCUGGAAGCAGAAUUGCUUCUUUGGGAAAUCUCAGUCCUUGCUCAUAAGGCCUUGAGCUGAUUGGGUGAGGCCCACCCACACUGUGGAGCGUCAUCUGCUUUGUUGAGGUGUGCAGAAUUAAAAGUUAAUCAUAUCUGAGAGAUGCCUUAACAGUGAUAUCCAGCCUGGCGUUGGACCAAAUGGGUGGGCGCUGUGGCCUGGCCAAGAGGAUGUGGACCUGACCACCAAUCACUCCCCAGUGUUCCCUUGCCUCUGACCACUCACCCUGACAUUGAGCACCUUGCCCAGCUGCUGUGGGCAGUCGUACGGCUACCCUCUGUGUACUCCUUUGCACCGGGCCCCCCUGUACUCUGCCGUUGGACAGUCAUGUUUGCACGCUUCCCUAAGUGUUUUCCAGCCACGUUUUGGCACGCUGACUAAACCAGUGUGCAUUCACUGGGUUAUUGAACAGUUGCCCCUUGCACCCUUGUUCCAUACCAUCAGCUUCCACCACGGGAAUGCCCACUCUGCCAUUUCUUUGCUCUUUGCACAGCCAUUAUUUGCCAUUUCGGUCACCUUUUACACACUUGUGCAUAAUCCACAGUCUAUGCUUGUGUGUUUUCUUCUCCAGCUUUCACCCCAGCACAUCCUUCUGCAGUGCUUACCACUUGCUCCUCCUGUGCUGUCAAACAUUUGAUCCUAGCACACCCACUUGGUGCUAUCAGACCCUGUCUUGUUGCACACUUCCCAUUCGGGACCCCUGGAUUGUCCCAGGCCAGGUCAUCACUUACUGUCAUUCUCUUUACAGCUCCCUCCAUAGCCACGGUGUGCCAUCAGAUACUCGCUUUGCAAACCCAUGACCACUGCAUGUGUGAUCGUUCAUCUGGCGUCCCUUGCGUGGUAAUUCUGGAUCUUCCAAACCAAGAAGUGCCACAUGUGACAAUUCUGGACCAUCCAAACCAAGAGAUGCCACAUGUGAGCAGCUUCUUGCUCCAUGUUGUUCUUUUUUUAAAGUUUAUUUAUUUUGAGAGUGUGAAAGAGAGGGAGAGAGAAUCCCAAGCAGCCUCCACACUGUCAGCACAGAGCCCAACAUGGGGUUCAGUCUAAUGAACCUUGAGAUUAUGACCUGAGCCAAAAACAAUCAGAUGCUUAACCAACUGGGCCACCUGGGUGGCUUAUGUUGGAUGAUCUGCACACUCCUUGGGCCUGGCAGACGUGAGCCCUGCUGUGUGUGUAGGUGACACUUGCAGCCACUGGGGAGGAAGGGAUAACUCAGAAUUGACCCCUAAUUCACCUAGCUCUUGCUUCUGUAGGCUGUCUGUUGGGAUGCUACUGGAAGUCUGUGACGGGACACACAGGAAGUUAUGUAGGGCCUUGGAGGCUUUCUGGCAUGUCUGGUGUAGCCCUUCAGCCUCUGGUCUUGGGGAAGGAUAUGGGAGGGCACUCCAGUAAGCUCAGGGCAGUGUGUGUUUCCUACGGAUUGGAGGCAUUCUGGUAUUGGUAAGGGAGCGACUGUGGUGCCCAUGGAUGGUCAUUUCUGGUGACACCCCUCACCUGUCAGGCUACAUCUUUCAGCCUCCUCAUGGGAAAUUUUGGCACUCCUGUCACAUAACCAAGGCACAGGCCUUGACCAGAGUGACCAUAGUGUCCCCGUCUAGGGCAUUUCUGGAGUAAGCUAUUGUGCAAGGCAUUGUGGGGAUGCUUAUGGGAUGAGGCCCAGCUGUAGCUCUAAAUUCUGCAUCACAAACCUUUCCCCUGGACAAGAAGCCAGCAGGAAAAGGAAUUCUGAGGUCAGAGACCACCUCCCAGGAGGUGUUAAGUGUAGGUAGAGUGGACCAUGGGAGGUCCUUGGGGAGGCUUGCAGAGGCUAAGUCCUGCCUGCUCUCAGUACAUUUACUAAUAACCUUUCUCUGGCCUCAUCCUUUCCAUAUGUGUUCUCCCUUGCUUCUGGCUUUUGUUUUGUUUUUACGAUUUUUCCCACUAUGGGCUGAUGGAGUUCCAGAGUAUGACCUUGAAAACUGUUAAUUUUUCAAUCCUUGUCAGAAGAAAUCUCAGCAAGAGAAGCAGAAGUUUCCCUCUUCCUCCAAAUUGUAAUAAUACAGCUACUGUCCUGGGAGAGGCAACAGUCCUGGCAAGGGCUGUAUAAAGACUCCCAAAUUUGAGUGGUUGUUCCCAUACCUGAGAACGUACCUCUGACCGCUAAAUGCCAGGAAUUCUGAGGGGCUGCCUCUGCUCCUGUCCAGGGUCACAAUACUGAUGUGACCAUGUCCUCCGAGGGAAGAGUGGACCUGUCUCGCAGUGGCUGGAGAGUUGUGGCUGGCCCUUCUCACAUCCCACACCUAAAAUAAACUGAUAACCCUGUAAGACUUCUUACUGCA